AUGUCAACGAACGCUCCGAACAGCACCAAUCCGUCGUCCCUCGACGCGGACGAAACCAUGCGGCAGGCAGUUGAUCGGUUCCGCAGGCGCAUAGCGGCCGCCAACCAAAAGUUCGUCCAGGACCGCAUCGAUGAGAUUGACGCCCGCGGACUCGCGACUGAGAAAGAGAAAAUCCGAAUGAUGCAGGAUUGGCGCCAUUUCGGAGACUUGGACCAAGACGGUCCGGACGGUCACAACAGCCCCGACGCCCGCCGCAUAAGCGACCAGUUCCGGCAGACGCGAGAGUUGGCGGCAGUGCCGGCGCUGCUGGCCAAGGAGACACGCCCCCUGUUCGCCAUGGACGGGGUCCACCCGCCGCGGCUCCGCACGCCAGAAGCCCGCGAAAUGUUUCUCGACACCCUGCAGGAAGUAUUCCACCGGCAGGCGGAGGAGUGGGCGGCCGCCGAGGAGGAGGAUUUAGAUUUAGCCUUGGAGCCGAUCCCACGCUGUGAGGAGCUGGGCCGGCUUUUAACAUAUGCCCACGAGGUGGAAGACCCGGACUUUCGCCACUCGGGCGUCGCCCCCUUCGAGGCAGCGUUAUUAGUGCAAAGCCGGUAUGGAAGCUUCCCCUGUCUGGACACGCAGGAGCAGCGGGACCAGUACCAUGCGCGUGUACGCCAGGAAUGUGCGCGGCUGCGGGAGUGGCUGGAGGGGGAGAACUCGGACUUGAUCAAUAAGGCCAAGAUUGUGGCCGGUCCGGAUGAAGAUCUGGAGGUCCGAGCGGGCGUGGUCACGGGCAGCGGCUACGUGGGAGAGUAUCCGAAGUGGUACAGCGCGUACCUGUACUGCCGGAAGCGUCUAGAGGAGGAUAUGGAUGGGAUCGAAUUCCGCGAUGAAGGUAUCCUGGACGCCCCCAAUAUCCAGGAGUGGGGGUGGCGCGUGGUGUUUAUGGAGGCCGAGGCGUCUCCCGUCUUCGAGCCGCAGAUACUCUACGGACGGAAGCCGCGCUUUGACUCGAUCCCAGAGUUUUUGGACUGGUACGCGAGCUGGGCGGACAACUUGGAUGCCCGCGGGGUGCUCAGUCUCCGCCGGCAUCUGAGAAAUUGUGAUACUGAUUGCGAGUCCGAUUGUGAGGAGCACUGCUUAUAG